AUGAACAUAGCCGACGAGACGAUUCAGACCGACAGACGGACUGAUUUCACUCCAGUCGGCGAGGCUUCUACUGAUGUUAAACAUGAAUUGCAACUUAAUAUCGGCGGCCGGGGUGCUACUCAUCGCCGUCUCCAUAACUAUCAAGUGACUAUGAUCGGUUUCUGCGGUGGUAUAGGUACCGGUCUUUUUAUUGGUACUGGCUCUGCGUAUGCUAAAGCUGGCCCCGCGGGACUAUUUCUCGCCUACAUAAUUGUCGGCUCAGUCUUAUGGUGUGUGAUGCAAAGCAUUGCCGAAUUGGCCACCUUAUUCCCUACAGCCGGGUCUUUUCCACACUGGGCUACCCGAUUCAUUGACCCGGCAGUGGGCUUCUCGCUGGCUAUAUCCUACGGAUAUUGCUUCAUGAUCGCUAUUGCUUCGGAAACGUCUGCCGCUGCUUUGAUAGUAUCUUAUUGGAGUGACAUAACCCCGGCCGUGGUUAUUACUGUCAGCCUCACUCUUAUUCUAUUUAUUAACCUUAUGAGCGUCCGCUUCUACGGUGAUUCUGAAGUUAUAGGUGGCGUAGUCAAGGUUAUCUGUUUCAUUGGUCUUAUAUUCGUCUCUAUUGUCAUCACAGCUCGUGAUCGAAUUGGCUUCCGCUACUGGAACAAUCCUGGCGCAUGGACCAACUAUAAUGACAUUAUGGGCCCUAAAGGACACUUCCUUGGGUUUCUAUCCGCCUUUGUCAACGCGUCUUUUAGUUUCAUCGGAAUUGAAACUGUUGUGAUUACAGCCGGCGAGGCAAUGAACCCACAUUAUGCUAUCCCGAAAGCAGCACGAUAUAUCACUUACCGGAUCGGAUUCUUUUAUAUUCUGGGAGCGCUCCUGAUUAGUAUAACAGUUGACCCACGGAAUCCGGAUCUUGUUUCUGGGGCCGGUAAUGCGCACAGUUCACCUUUUGUUAUUGCUAUUCAAACAGCAGGGAUUUCAGCUUUGCCCUCGAUAGUAAACGCCUGUAUUCUGGUUUCUGCCUGGUCUGCAGGGAACUCGUAUUGCUGGGUUGGGUCACGAAUGAUUUUAGCCAUGACAACCGACCGACAGCUACCACAGAUAUUCGGAAAGGUUACCAAGAAGGGCGUCCCUUAUGUGGCCGUGGUUACAGCUUGGCUUUUUGGGCUUCUGGCAUACCUGAGAAAAGGUGGCGCGGCCCAGGCGUUCGCUUGGCUGCAGAGUCUGGGAACGGUUGCUGGACUCAUAGCGUGGGCGACGCUUUGCUUUUGUUAUAUUCGUUUCCAUGCCGGACUGAAGGCUCAGGGUGUCAACCGUGAAUCUCUUCCCUGGAAGUCCCCCUUUCAGCCGUUCACGGCAUGGUAUGGAUUUAUCGGCGCCAGCACCAUCACCUUUAUUACCGGUUUUCAUGUCUUUCUCAAGGGAAACUGGUCCGCAUCGACCUUUGUGGCUGCAUACAUCGGUAUACCCAUAUUUAUUGUACCUAUCAUUGUAUGGAAGGUUUUAUAUCGCACCAAGUUUGCCCGUGCCUCGGAGAUGGACCUUUGGUCUGGUCGACUUCAAGAGGGGGAAAUCGAGGAGUUUGCAACCGCAGACCUGAGCCGCUCAAUGUGGAAACGCGUUCUGGACCGUGUC